AUGUCCUCAAAUAAAAAGGCCACUCCUUCGGGAAUUAUUAUCACUGAAAAUAAUGAACGAGUUAUUCCAGCUUCAAAACGCCCAGAUGGUACUUAUCGAAAAGAGCGUCGCGUUCGUUCCGGAUUUACUCCGCAGGAAGACAUAGAACGUUACAAAAAUAGAAAUGUUGCAGAACUGGAACCGGCGCCGGAAUCUGAUGUAAAAGAAAUUGAUGAAAUUCAAGAUAAAAUGACUGAUCUGUCGAUUACUUCAGAAAUUAAGGAGACAAUCGUUGAAGCGACACCGUUGGAGCUGAUUUCUAAGAAGAUUAAAGCGUUGGAAAAGAAAAUAAGGCAGAUCGAUCGAAUCAAAGAAAAAGAGGCUACUGGAAAGACGUUACUCGAAGAAGAGAAGAAUAAAUUAAACAAAUUAGAACAAAUUAAAGAAGAGUUGGAGGAUUUGAAGCGAAGAAAUGCUGAUUUGGAAUAA